GCGGCCUCAGCUGACAUUGUGACAGCUGUUGUAGGUGGAUGUCUGCGCGAAGCAGCAAACGCAAAGACAAGUGCAGGAUUUCCUUUGCCAAUCACAGUUUCACAAUGGGAGUCUUAUGUUUGUAUUAUUACUCCAGCUGUUUAUUUGUUUUUUUUGUUGGUAGAAGCUGCUGAAAGUUAAUGCCAGCACAUGUUUGGCAUCACUUGAAAUGCAGUUACAACUUCAUUUUUUUUAUUUGGACAGCAUGAAUGGAUUCAUUUCUCUCUUUGAGUGCUUUGUUUGGCUGGGAUGAUGGAGUUUGAUGUCACUGUUUAAUCUGAAAUCAUCCUUGUAAGCCUGACCUGUUCAUUUCUGUCUUUAGCAUUUGGCUGGUUUUAUCGAUAUGAAGGGAAACUGCCAUCAUUACGCAAGGUACUGUCAGCUGUGUGGGUUCAGUUUGCUGUGAUGUCUUCUUAUAGUGUUGGUUAGACAUUUAAAAUCAGGGCUUUUGCUUUUAACUUUAUUCACUAAGUGAAAGUGGUUUGCUAGGGUUUUUUUAUUCAUACACUGUGUGGUAUCACUAGGCUUUAUUUGCCUGCAGUGCUUUUGAGUUUGGAUUGGCAGAUUUGCCUGUCCCCGUUCCUUCCUUGUAUUCUGACUAACUGGUGAUAUGUCAGAAAGGAGACAAAAAGAAGAAAAAGAAGAAAGUGUCCAACACAGACACACUGCAGGAGCAGAGAAAAAACAAGAAGGAGAUGGAGUUUGAGCUGAAACUCGCCAAAGAGAAGGAAGAGAUGCACGAGCGAGAGAAGCAACUCAAGAUCAGUCGGCUGGUUCAGGAGGUUUCAGAGACGGAGAGGGAAGACUUAGAGGAGUCAGAAAAGGUGCAGCACUGGGUGGAGCGUCUAUGUCAGACACGACUGGAGCAGAUCUCGUGUGUGGAGAAUGAAUCCCCCGAGGUACAGAGUGAGACCUCCUCUGUCUGAAUGUAAUUUUAUAUGCAAUGUUUAAAAUACUGGUUAAAGAACAUAUAUACUGCUUUGAACUUCAAAGUUUGAAGGCACAGCAUCCCAACAACAAUGAGCAAGGUGGCAUUGGUUCACUCAUUUGCAUGGAACAAAAACAGGGAGACUGCACCAUGAGCUGAAUAUUAAAUGCAGUCAUUUGUUUGUUGAACAGAAUAUUCAGCCAGUCAUGUUUUUGUGUAAUUUGGUAGAAAAGUUCAGGCGGUAUUUUUUUCUUAAGGUGCAUUCAUUGUGAAAUGGUUUAAAAGGUGAAUUAACGUGAGGUGAAAUUUUUUUCCAUUUCAUUCUGACUUCUAAGCUCUCCCCGCCACGCUCCCCUGCUUCUGAGCCAAAAGUGAAGCGUUUCCCUGGUGGUCUUCACCUGGCCACCACUGAUCUGGACGACAUUAACCUGGACGAAGUGGAUCAG